AUGUGUGCGGCUCCAAAUCACCUGGCUGCAACAGUCACGCUUCGCCGCUGUCGCCGCCGCCACCCCUUCCCCUGCCCCCCCCUUCGGCUGUGCGUCGUCAGACCUUCCUCGCCACUCCGCGAUGGGGCGCCGCUUCGACGAAACGCCGCAGGGGAGGGCCGUGGGGAGGGUUUCCUGUACGGAUUCGCGGAGCGCGCUGGUAUGAUUGCUAUUGGUGGUUGUGAUGAUGGACGUGAAAACUUCGUUGGGAAGUACAUUACCCGACGAUGGAGUACUGGAUAAGUGAAGAGUAUGGCG